GUAUUCACAGAACCGAAACCGAGAGGAGGAGAAAAAGAAAGGAGAAGAAGAAGAAGUCGCCGCCGUGCAUAAUCCUUUUGUUCCGUCGUCGACCGCCCUCGCCGUUGUUCCUCGUCGCCGUCUGCCACUUUAGUUAUGGAUAAGGGUUGGAUGAAACUUAGAAAUAAGUUAUCCCUUGAGUAUAGACAUGGAGUGACCCAAUUUUUAGAAUUUGCCAAAUUUCACGUUGAUGCUUACGGACGAUUGAGGUGUCCAUGCAAGAGAUGUUUGAAUUUAAAUUGGAGAUCAUUAGAGGGUGUGGAAAGACAUCUGCUGACUAUAGGAAUAUCCCCCUACUACACAGAAUGGGUGUAUCAUGGAGAGUCAUUAAGCUAUAGAGGUACAGAAAACUUUGAGAAAGGAACUAGUAGUAAUCCUUUUAAUGAAGGAACUAGUAGUACACAAUUUAAUGAAGAAGGUGAUAUCUUUGGUAUGCUAAAUGAUUUACAAGCCCCUAUUGAACAUGAAGAGGAAAUAGAGGAAUUUCGUUUGGAAGAUGAAAUGGCGAUGAAUGUUGGGGUAAAUAUAGAUGAAAAUACAACAAAUAAUAUAUUUCAGGACUUAUUGAAUCAAGCACGUAAUGAGUUGUACCCCGGUUGUUCUGAAUUUUCGUCGUUGAAUUUUUUGGUUAAGUUGAUGCAUGUGAAAGUUCUAAAUGGUUGGAGUAACAAGUCGUUCGACAUGUUGUUAGAACUUUUAAGAGCAGCGUUUCCAAUGUGUAAUAGUACUAUUCCUAGUUCAUUUUAUGAAGAAAAACGAAAACUUCGUGACUUGGGCUUGGGAUACGAGACUAUUCACGCGUGCAAGUAUGAUUGUGUAUUGUAUUGGAAAGAGUUUGCUGAUUUGCAACAUUGUCCUACAUGUGGCGAGGCUAGGUACAAGGUUAAUCAUAAUAGAGGGAAAAAAUUCCGCAUAAGGUAUUGCGCCACUUUCCUUUGGUACCUAGAUUACAGCGCUUGUUUGUAUCGCAGGAAGGGUCUGCUGACAUGAGAUGGCAUAGGGACAAACGUGUUGAAACAGAUGAUGUCUUGAGACAUCCAGCUGAUGCAGAGGGGUGGAAGCACUUUGAUUCUGAAUUUCCUGAUUUUGCUUCUGAUCCACGAAACGUGCGUUUGGGCUUGGCUUCAGAUGGGUUUAACCCAUUUGGUCAAAUGAGUACCUCGUACAGUAUGUGGCCUGUUGUGUUACUUCCUUACAAUUUGCCACCAUGGAAAUGCAUGAAAGAGACAAAUUUCUUUAUGUCAUUGCUCAUAUCCGGUCCUAAAUCUCCUGGUAGGGAAAUUGAUGUGUAUCUCCAACCAUUGAUUGAGGAAUUGAAAGACUUAUGAUCAA